AUGGCUCCUCUCACUACCGCAGGCACUUCAAAGCCAAUCUACUUCUUCAGCACCCGCGAACGUCCUCACGGCAUCUUCUCUCAAUUCCAAAAAUGCUCUUUCACCGACCCCGGCUAUUCCUAUGUCAAAUUCACAUGCGCCGAACAAUACAUGAUGCACGGCAAAGCCCAGACCUUCAACAGCCCUGACAUUGCCGCCCAAAUCUUAGCCGCAACCGCUUCCAAGGCUCAAAAGGCUCUAGGCCGCAAGAUCAAGGGCUUCAAUGAUGAAGUGUGGGAUCCAGUCAAAGUCGGUAUUGUGGAACGUGGUAAUUACCUCAAGUUCUCACAGAACGAAAAGUUCAAGAAGGUGUUGCUGGAGACUGGGGAUCGAUUGAUUGUCGAGGCUUCUGCUGAUGACAAGACUUGGGGCAUUGGGUACAAUGCUGCAGGUGCGGAAAAGGUCUCUCGUGAGAGUUGGGGUCAGAACUUGCUGGGCGUGGCAUUGAUGAAUGUCAGAGAGAAGAUCAGAGCAGAGGAGGCUGGAGAAGAUGAUGACGAGGAAGUCGAAGAACCCGUGAAGCAGGUUACAGACGAAGAAGCCGACGAGAGACCCGAACAUCGUCGUACGACUCUCGAGUCAUCAACCACCAGAAAGCGCAAGCACGACUCCAUCACCGAGGACCAGACCGUCGAGUCUACCAAGUCUGAGAAGACUCCCCCCCAAGAAGGCCCGCGUCAACAAGACCGUAGAUGUGAAUGGAGGUCUCCGUCAGAUCCUCAACACAAAAAAGAGCAGACACGACGAAGACGAACAAAUAACUGA